AUGGAGUUUGGGUUACAAAUGUCGAAGUCCUUGGAAGAAGCAGAAAUCGACUCCACUCAGUAUCGGAGAAGAAUAGGAUGCUUAAGGUAUCUGAUGCAUACAAGACCAGACAUGGCAUUCUCAGUUGGAAUUCUAAGCAGGUAUAUGCAAUCACCUCGAGAAUCACAUGGGAACGCAUUGAAGCAGGUCUUAAGGUAUCUAAAGGGAACUCUAAGCUAUGGUUUUGAGUAUAAGCGUGAAAGGAAGCAGAAACUAAGUGGAUACAGUGAUAGUAGUCACAACACAGACCCGGAUGAUGGAAAGAGCACAACAGGGUACAUAUUUUGUAUUGGAGAAACGCCUAUCAGCUGGUGCUCUCAGAAACAGGAAGUAGUAGCUUUGUCAUCAUGUGAGGCAGAAUACAUGGCAGCUACAGAAGCUACGAAACAAGCAAUUUGGCUGCAAGAACUUAUGAGUGAGAUAACCGGAAGUGAAGAAAAGAAGACAGUGAUAAGGGUUGAUAACAAAUCGGCCAUUGCUUUGGCUAAGAACCCUGUGUUUCACCGAAGAAGUAAGCACAUUCAUAAGCGGUUUCAUUUCAUUAGGGAGUGCGUGGAACGAGGACUGAUAGACGUGGAGCAUGUGGCCGGGACGAAGCAGAAAGCAGAUAUCCUAACUAAAGCUUUAGCCAAGAUCAAAUUCAAGGAGAUGAAAGACUUGAUUCAAGUUCAAGAAAAUGGCUUGAAGCUUAGAAGGGAGAAUGUUGGAUAA